UGCUCCACCCCCCGCUCCUCGCGCGGGGCUCCAACCGCCGCCGGUCGCCCAAGGAGAAGGGGCGCGAGCCGCCACACAGAAAAUGGAGGCGCCGGGGCGCCGCAGCAGAUGUGUGGCGGAACCGGCCCCUCCCCCGGCGGGCGGCGCCAUUUUCCCCCUGCUCGGUUAGUCCCCUAGAGCCGAGCGGCUGCCGAGAGGCCUCGGUUCCUCUCUCCGUGUCUGGUGGAAGGGGAAAGAGGACGGCGCAGCUCCCCUCUCCCCCGUGUCUAACCACCCCCCUCCCCCGUCUCUGGACACCAGCCCACUGGGGUUAAUUGGCCACCACCAGGCCAGGCUGCGCCUUCCUUCCUUGCACGCCUCUGCGUCCAGCCCCGUGUGUCUGAGCCUUUGAAACAAGUUGCUGAUGUUCAGUUACACCGAAAGUGUGCCAGGUUUGAGACUAAUGGUAACUGCUGACCAAGGCCCUGGUCCUCAGAACACUUGAAAUAGUAUGUGUGCCUACUCAUAUGACUAAAGUCAGACUUCAGUGCAACUAAAUAUAUACUGGAUCAUACAUAAAGCUGAAAAUAGUGCAAAAUGAGCAAUAUUGCAGCUAGCCCGAUGUCAAAUGUUACCUCUUCAAGCAGCGGAAGAGGGACAGGGAAAUCAACAAGCUUUACUCCUGAACUGCAAAGUAUGAUGUUUUCCUUAGGGGAUGUCCGGAGGCCCCUUCAUGAAACAGCAGUAUUAGUGGAAGAUAUCAUUCAUACGCAGCUGAUUAAUUUGUUGCAGCAAGCAGCUGAAGUUUCUCAGAUGAGAGGAGCUCGAGUCAUCUCUGCUGAAGAUCUUCUGUUUUUGAUGCGCAAAGAUAAGAAAAAGCUCAGAAGGCUGCUCAAAUAUAUGUUCUUCCGAGACUACAAAUCUAAAAUUGUCAAAGGCAUUGAAGAAGAUGAUCUCCUUGAAGACAAAUUCAACAGUAGCAGUGUCAACAAACGUCAGAAGCUGGCUCAAGACUUUCUCAACUCUAUUGAUCAGACUGGGGAGCUCUUGGCUAUGUUUGAAGAUGAUGAGAUUGAUGAUGUUAAACAAGAGCGGAUGGAGAGAGCAGAAAGACAAACACGAAUGAUGGACUCAGCCCAGUAUGCAGAAUUUUGUGAAAGUCGUCAGUUAAGUUUUUCCAAGAAAGCUUCCAAGUUUCGUGAUUGGCUGGACUGCAGCAGUAUGGAAAUAAAACCAAAUGCAGUUGCCAUGGAGAUUUUGGCAUAUUUAGCAUAUGAGACUGUGGCACAGUUGGUGGACUUGGCUCUUUUGGUCAAACAGGAUAUGGCUCCCAAAGCAGGUGAUCCAUUCAGUCAUGCAAUAUCUGCUACUUUUAUACAGUAUCACAAUUCUGCUGAGCCACAUCUCUUAGGCCAGACCACAAAUAUGAAGAGCAGUCUUGACUCCCCGGAAAACACACCACCUCCUACACCCACUCCCCCAGGAGCAGCAGGACCACAACACCUUGGGAAAACACUGUCUGGAGCCCUGGGGAAUGGAGGCAUUGGACAAGACUCCACCAAAGUCAAACAGAGAAAAAGAAAAAAGAGCACUGCAGCUUGUGGUAUAGAGGCUCAAAGUGAUGCCAUCCAGCCCUGCCACAUCAGAGAGGCCAUUCGGCGCUACGGCCACAAGAUUGGCCCCCUUUCCCCAUUCACAAGUGCCUACUGCAGAAAUGGGAUGACUUUUCUAGCCUGCUAAUAUGGAUGUGGCUGCAGUGACAGGAAAGACAGUGUUAUAUUAAGGUGAUUUUCUUUUCCCCUCCAUGGAAGAAAAAAAAUACAAGCUCUAAUGUGUCUGUGUACCAGUGAGUGGGCUGGUUUGUUGUGACUAUCUACUGGCUGACUCCGUCUCUUUUUCCAGCCCCCUCAAUCGUUAUUCUUGUUUACUAGCUGGAAUGUUAAGCUAAUUAAUGGCAGGAUGUUUGGGAUAGUGUGUAGGUGGACAAGAAUGCAGAUCACACAAUUUUGAAAUUUGCAGUGGGCUUACUGCUGUCAGCCCCCAUAUCUAAAGUGCAGUGUCAUUUUUUAUUUUUGUCUGUAUGUUUUAAUAGAUGUGUUGUUUUGUAAAGCAGGUUUGAGGCAAAAAGAGGCCAAGGAUUUGGAUGAUUAUUUAUGCUUUCCUUGUUUUUUCAAAAGUAAAACUGCAUUGUUUUGCAUUUAAUUCCUCUCAAAUCAAUUUCUUAGAAAAUGCUAACAGAAUAAUACCCUGUCUAGCCAAACAAGGGAUUUUUCAGUGAGGAUGAUGCAUAGGAGGUGAGAUGAGCUAAGUUCAGAUAAGAAGGCUUUUCAGAUAGGAAAACUUCAGGUAAAUGACUUCAGGUCUUCUUGUUUCAGUUAAAUAUUAAUAUUUUUAGAGUCCCAAGGAGCAUCUAUACUGAAAUCUGUAAAUUCUUAAUAUUGAAAUCUCUUUUCUUAUCCUCUUCUCUCUCCUGAAGUCAGUGGGAGUCUUUCUAUUGACUUUAUUUGAUCAUUUAAUCUGGCCUUUUGGCCCCAGUUCACAAGGUACUUAAAUGUGUGUAACUUUAAGCAUAUUGUUCUGUUGACUUCAAUGGGACUACUCAAGUACUUAAAGGUACAGCCCUGCUUAAGUGCUCUGCUGUGUGGACCGGAUCCUGUUGAUGUUAAUGGGAGAAAAUCCAGGCCCUUAUUUAUUUUUAAUUUCUGUUGCUCCGCUUUGUUUUUUUCUUUUUGUUUGUUUUGGGGUUUUGUUUUGUUUCUCCAAACUCUGGCUCUCCCUUUCCCCCUUUUCCCUUCUCUGUGCUUCCAGUCUUUGAUAUCCUCACAAGCCCAUUCAUUUUUUCCCAUGGAAAUUAUACACAUCUAGAAGUAACCAAGGUCAACGCUUGAGGAGACCAAAAGGCUUAGGCCGAGAUUCUGCGUCAGAAUCUGUUGCUGUGCCCCUAUGGCAUCCCAUUGGAACAGAAGUCAGUGCUAGUGUAUCCCAAAGCAGAGUCAGGGCCUUAAAGACUAAAGUAAACCUUUAAGAAAGAUAGAUCGCUCAGGAGACCUAGGAGAUCAACUGUCUGCAUUACUUCUAUAUAGUGUAAGCAGUCUCCUCCUUUGUGCUUAGUAUGUGAGGUUUCAGCUCCUGCCACUCUUCUGAUACAGUCUUAUACUUUAUAAAUGUUUUCAUUGGGCAGUACCUGGACCCACUCGUGAAAAAAAAUUAAACUAAAAACAUAUGUCUCUUCCUUGUGAUCAAAAAAUUGUGAAGCAUUGUAAAUGUAAUCACAGUGCAUCCAAUAUUCCUGCUAUCCAUAAACUGCCUCCUUUUUUACCUGCUGCAUGCCAGUCCUUCUGGAAUUAAUCUGAAUGUAAAGGACUAAAAAUAAUGUGUACAAUACAGUAUAUUAAAAAAGAAAAAAGUUUUCUGAUGUUCCAUCUGUGCUUGUUGAAAUGUAUGAUUAAACUUUUCUUUUUAUCAUC